AUGAAGAAUACAGUUGAAAUGUAUUGUUACUUUCUAUUUAUGUUUUUAAUUUCAAAAUGUAAUGGAAAUCCAAUUUUACCAAUGAAUACAAUUCAAAUUCCUUCAAAUCGAGUGUAUAAUAAUUUUAUUCGAUCUGAAAAAUAUUAUAUCAAACAGCAACUCCCAGAAAUUUUUACGAUUCAAGGUCCAUCCGAAACUUUUGUGAAAGUACCUGGUUUAACAAUGCCUUUCUAUCAUACAGAACCAUUGCUAUAUAAAAUUAAAUUUGAAGGUCGAUGUCAUUCACCUCAUUCUAAAGCAACUUGGUUACAUUUACGUUUUAUGAUUAAUGAAAAUUUGCUUUAUGUAAAUAAGUUUCUACCAAAUACAGCUAAUCGAUAUCAAUAUAAUACCGGAUAUAGUUCAAAUGAUCAUAUUGAUUACUUUGGUGGUUUUUAUUGGUAUACAAGUUCACCGACAAAGAUAGACUGUUCAUUUAGUGACAUUAUUUAUCUAAAUCCUGGUUUACAUAUUAUUGAUGUAGCUGUUAGAGGUGGAUUGGGUAAAAAUGGUGCUUUUCCAACCUAUGCUCAGUAUGGAGCUUUAACAAUUGAAUUAGUUGAAUAUGAUUUGCACGCAGAUAUUGGUAUAAAACCAAUCAAUUCUAAUUUAACAUAA